AUGCGUCCACUUCUUCUUAAAGGACAUGAGAGAGCUUUAACACGUGUUCGCAUCAAUUUGGAAGGAGAUCUCAUAUUUACUUCAGCUAAAGAUCGUACUUUAUGUGUUUGGUUUACAGAUAAUGGUGAACGUCUUGGAACAUAUGAUGGUCAUGAAGGAGCUGUUUGGGAUAUUGAUGUAACAUGGGAUACAAGGCGACUAUUAUCAUCUUCUGGUGAUUGUACAGUUAAAAUUUGGGAUGUUUGUACAGGAAAAAAAAUUACUUCAAUGACAAAUCAAGUUACAACGAGGAGUUGUGCUUUUUCAUAUAGUGGAAAUUUAGCAGCAUAUACAACCAAAAAAAUGCAAAUAAAUCCAUCAAUAUUGCGUGUCUUUGAUAUUCGUGACCCAAAUCAAACUGUUGAACGUCAAAAUUAUGAAGAAGGUUCUGUAUUGUUUAAAAAAUUUGACGUUGACUCUGAAUCUUGUAUUUUUUCUGAAUUGGAUAAUGUUGUUACAGUUGGAAUGUCAAAUGGUGCAUUGGAACAAUAUGAUAUUCGUAAUCCUACAAAAGUUUUAAAAAGUACAAAAGAACAUUCUGGAAAUAUAACAGAUUUACAAUUAUCAAAAGAUGGAAAUUUCCUUAUUUCUUCUUCUACUGAUAAAACUGCCAAAGUUUAUCAUGCAAGAACUCUUGAAUUAUUGAAAUCAUUUAGAUCAGGAAGACCAGUAAAUUCAGCAGCAAUAUCUCCUACCCGUGAUCAUAUCAUUCUUGGUGGUGGUGAGGAAGCUAUGAAUGUAACCCAAACAUCAACUAAUUCAGGACAAUUUGAAGCACGUAUGUAUCACUUAAUCUAUGAACAAGAAUUUGCUAAAUUUAAAGGACAUUUUGGUCCUAUUAAUACUCUUGUCUUUCAUCCAGAAGGAGAUAUUGUUAUAACUGGUGGUGAAGAUGGUUAUAUACGUAUACAAGAAUUAGAUGAAAAAUAUAAAACAUUUGAAAUGGAAAAAUAA